GGGUGACCAGACACCCCCUGGGGUGUGGAGGAUAAGAAACCUGCUCAGGUGUCCAGAGUGACGAUGUCCAAGGUGGGGGCUCCUGAUAGCCUGACUUAGCAGGGUUCUCUGCUAAAACCACAUUUCACUAGGAAAUGCUUUGGAUUUGGGGAGCCUGGUAAAGUUGGUCUAGGCAAAGAUUCUGUCAUUUCUUGUUGAUGGCAUCUGCCCUGGUUGUAAACUGGUCACUCAUGGCCACAGUGAAAAGACCACAGCUUGCUUUCAGGAUCACUAAUCUUGAAUUUGAUCAAAGUAGUUAGCUUUGAAUUUCUUUCUCUUUUGAUUUGGGGCAGUACCAGAUGGAUGUGUUCCGUGGGAAUUGUUAGACAUAUUUAUUAAAGCUUGGGGGGUGCCUCUAUGGCUUACUCAGAAACCUCAUGUGGCCUGUCUCUGGCGCUAGUCUGGACCACUUGGCCUGUGGCGGGGGCUCCAGCAAGCACCUCCGCGUUCUGCGGGAGGGCAGAGCGGAUCGCACUCUGCCCCUUGGCGUGGCGCCUGAUGUCCACACUGAACCCCUGACUUCAUAAAACAGUGUGGGGAGGAGGCACCUGAGAUUGCAGCGAGGUUCAGUCACCAACCCGCCCAGUGGUGCCUCCAGGAAGUGGCACCGCCAGGAGCUGCCAGAGACCGUUUCCUGCCUGGCCUGCCCUUAACCUCUGUUGGACUUGACCACGUUCGACGUUUCCUUGUGGCGAUUCUUGCGUGCUUUUAUUGCAGGGAUUCUCCUUUUGGUCAAGCUCUCCAGGCUGCAGUGUUUAAAACUGCACACGGCCCUGUACCCGCCGGCCCCCAAGGGCAAGCCUGCAUCCCAGAGGAGGGCCCUGGGUUCCUGAGCCUCUGCAUGCACUUGCUGUGUUUGAAGAGUUGUGGAAGAGGCAUGUGAAGGUCAUCUUGAACAAUCCAAAUGCCUACCAUUACCCAAUGCUGUUGAUAAAAUCAGGAUGGCUUUAAACUCAGGGUCGCCCCCGGGCAUCGGGCCUUACUAUGAAAACCACGGAUACCAGCCGGAAGCCCUCUACCCACCGCAGCCGGCCGUGGCUCCCAAUGUCUACACUGCAUAUCCCACUCAGUACUACCCGUCCGCCGUGCCCCAGUACACCCCCCGGGUCCCAACGCACACUUCCACACCUGGCGUCUACGGGCAGCCCAAGCCCCCCUCGGGGACCGUGUGCACCGCAAAGGCCAAGAAAGCACUGUGUUUCACUCUUGCCCUGGGGACCUUCCUUGUGGUCAUUGUGCUGGCUGCCGUCCUGCUCUGGAAGUUCUUGGACAACAAGUGCCCCGGGUCUGGGAUGGAGUGUGGCUCUUCAGGGACCUGCAUCAGCCCCUCUCUCUGGUGUGACGGGAUUGCGCACUGUCCCUACGGCGAGGACGAGACCCAGUGUGUGCGCCUCUACGGACCCAGCUUCAUCCUGCAGGUCUACUCGCACCAGCGGAAGUCCUGGUACCCCGUGUGCCAAGACGACUGGAAUGAGAACUUCGCCCGGGCAGCCUGCAGAGACAUGGGCUAUAAGAACAGCUUUUAUUCCACCCGAGGGAUCGUGGACGACAGCGGCGCCACGAGCUUCAUGAAGCUGAACACGAGCGCGGGAAACGUCGAUCUCUACAAGAAACUCUACCACAGUGACACCUGCUCUUCACACACGGUGGUCUCUCUGCGCUGCGUGGAGUGUGGUGUCCCCUUGCUGCGACGUCAGAGCAGGAUUGUGGGAGGAACCAGCGCCAACCUGGGGGACUGGCCCUGGCAGGUCAGCCUGCACGUCCAAGGCGUCCACAUCUGCGGAGGCUCCAUCAUCACCCCCGAGUGGAUCGUGACUGCUGCCCACUGCGUGGAAGAGCCUCUCAACAACCCGCGGCACUGGACGGCGUUCGCGGGCAUCUUGAGACAGUCUCUCAUGUUCUAUGGAAGUGGACACCGGGUAGAGAAAGUGAUCGCCCAUCCCAAUUAUGACUCCAAGACCAAGAACAAUGACAUUGCGCUUCUGAAGUUGCAGACGCCACUGACGUUCAACGACAGAGUGAAGCCAGUGUGCCUGCCCAACCCAGGCAUGAUGCUGGAGACUCAGCAGCCCUGCUGGAUUUCCGGGUGGGGGGCCACCUACGAGAAAGGGAAGACCUCCGAGGUGCUGAACGCGGCCAUGGUGUACCUCAUCGAGCCUGCGCGGUGUAACAGCAGACUGGUCUACGACAACCUGGUGACUCCCGCCAUGAUCUGCGCGGGGUACCUGCAGGGCAGCGUCGACUCCUGCCAGGGUGACAGUGGAGGGCCGCUGGUCACUUUGAAGAAUGAAAUCUGGUGGCUGAUCGGGGACACGAGCUGGGGAUCCGGGUGUGCCAAGGCCAACAGGCCCGGCGUGUACGGGAACGUGACCAUGUACACAGACUGGAUCUACCAACAGAUGAGGGCGAACAGCUAACCUGUGUGGCCGCGUCCCCCGCACCCUCGUCCUCAGCGUCCUGUGCAAGGACACCGAAGGCCGAUUUAACUCCCUGGCGUGUGACCUUUGCAGAUGAUCCCAAGGCCCUUUCACUUUGAUUAAAUGGUGAUUGUCUGUCUGCUGCUGUCCCCAUCCUGUGCAGGCGGCAGGCCCACCCUGUCCACGCCCCAACCCUCUGUCCAGAGGGGGGGCACGCAGAGCCCAGUGCAGAGGGGUGGUGCUGCCCUGCUGGGCCUUCCUCGGAUGAGUGUGGGGGGGGUGACCUGAGUGGCUGGGUGACCUGAGAAGGAAGAGGGGGCGGGCAGGGACAUUGGUGACCGGGGAGCGCCACCUGGAGGGCAGGCACGUGGGCACCUUGCCGCCUGCCUCUCUGGGUGGCUGGUCAUAUUGUAGUGCCUUCUCGCUCCACUGGUAAGGACAGCAGAAACCUUUUCCUUCUCGAAGGCUGAGUGCAUAGGCGGAGCCCCAGAGCAGGGGCCAAACAAACCCUCCCCUGACCACUGCAGCUUGGCCCUUCCGGGUAGACCCAUGUGGGACACCCAGCCUGGCCCUGGGCCUCUCCCUGUUGUGCCUCCUCCCUGCGCCCUCGGAGCCUAGGCUGGCUGGGCCCUGGGGUGGCAAUGGCUGAGCCUGGCCCUCAGGACCCUCUUUGGGCCGGCUCACCCAGGGAGGCUGAGGUCUGCUGGGGACUCAGGGAUGUGCGGUUCCAGAAGCCCUGGUACCGCGUCUCUUCUUCCCGACUACCUCGGUGCUCUGGGCCUGGCUCUGGACGUCUCUCGGGGGCGCUCCACACGGGCUCCUUGCAGCUGUACUUGUGCCAAGUGAGCACAGCGGGCCUUUGAGUUUCACUCAGUUGACAGCUGGUUCCUAACUCAAGGUCCUGCAGAGACGUGUGAAAGAAAAGCCCCCAAGCUUGUGACAGAGAGGGAACAGGUGUGUGGCACUCUGUGACCUCUACUGGCCCUGGGUUUCCACUGGAGGGAGGAGCCACCCUGGCAUUGCCAAGUGCCGAGCGUGAGCACCUUGACCUUGACCUUGACCAUGGUUCUCCGUGGCUCCACCUCCCUCCCAAGCACGCCAGUGGCUGAUGUGCAGCUACCACUGGCCUGGUGGGCGAGGGCGGGUGCCUCCCGCACGUCCUCUGGAGGCAGCACCGGGGACCUUCCUGGAGGUGCCGUCCCCGGGCCGGCUGUUCGCUCUUGGCAGUGGCGAAGCACUCCCUCCUCGGGCGUCCUUACCAGUGGGAGCCAGUUCGUGUCCUGCUUUCUGUCUCUUCUAAGCUGUAAGAUUCAAUUACAAAAUAUCAUGCAAAUAAAGCAUGUGAUUUUUUUUGAAUAUU